AUGAAUGUGUGCAGGCCAGUCGCAAGGAGUUGCCAUGGCCCAGGAGAGAGCCAAUGCAGCACACCACACAUAGGCGGUGACGUCCCAUCACAUCGAAGGGAGCCUACCCUAGCAUCUCCUCGCCAGACGGGAGAAGCGGUCUAUGAGCCAGCACCGGCCACGGUCAGUGGCCUGGCCUGUGAUUCACAUCGCAGGGAGCCUACACUAGCAUCUCCUCGCCAGACGGGAGAAGCGGACUAUGAGCCAGCACCGGCAACGGUCAGUGGCCUGGCCUGUGAUUCACAUCGAAGGGAGCCUACACUAGCAUCUCCUCGCCAGACGGGAGAAGCGGACUAUGAGCCAGCACCGGCCACGGUCAGUGGCCUGUCCAGUGAUUCACAUCGGAGGGAGCCUACACUGGCAUCUCCUCACCAGACGGGAGAAGCGGACUAUGAGAUAGCACCGGCCAUGGUAAGUGGCCUGUCCAGUGAUUCGCAUCAGAGGGAGCCUACACUAGCAUCUCCUAGCCAGACGGGAGAAGCGGACUAUGAGCCAGCACCGGAAACGGUCAAUGGCCAGGCCAGUGAUUCAUAUCGGAGGGAGCCUACACUAGCAUUUCCUCGCCAGACGGGAGAAGCGGACUAUGAGCCAGCACAGACCACGGUCAGUGGUCUGGCCAAUGAUUCACAUCGGAGGGAGCCUAUACUAGCAUCUCCUCACCAGACGGGAGAAGUGGAUUAUGAGCCAGCACCCGCCACGGUCAGUGGCCAGGCCAGUGAUUCACUUCGGAGGGAGCCUACACUAGCAUCUCCUCACCAGACGGGAGAAGUGGACUAUGAGCCAGCACCGGCCACGGUCAGUGGUCUGGCCAGUGAAUCACAUCGGAGGGAGCCUACACUAGCAUCUCCUCGCCAGAUGGGAGAAGCGGACUAUGAUACAGCACCGGCCACGGUCAGUGGCCUGGCCUGUGAUUCACAUCGGAGGGAUCCUACACUAGCAUCUCCUCACCAGACGGGAGAAGCGGACUAUGAUCGAGCACCGGCCAUGGGCCUUACCUGUGAUUCACAUCGAAGGGAGCCUACACUAGCAUCUCCUCGCCAGACAGGAGAAGCGGACUAUGGGCCAGCACUGGCCACGGUCAGUGGCCUGGCCUGUGAUUCACAUCGAAGGGAGCCUACACUAGCAUCUCCUCGCCAGACGAGAGAAGCGGACUAUGAGCCAGCACCGGCCACGGUCAGUGGCCCGGCCUGUGAUUCACAUCGGAGGGAGCCUACACUAGCAUCUCCUCAACAGACGGGAGAAGCAGACUAUGAGCCAGCACCGGCCACGGUCAGUGGCCCGGCCUGUGAUUCACAUCGGAGGGAGCCUACACUAGCAUCUCCUCGCCAGACGAGAGAAGCGGACUAUGAGCCAGCACCGGCCAUGGUCAGUGGCCCGGCCUGUGAUUCACAUCGGAGGGAGCCUACACUAGCAUCUCCUCAACAGACGGGAGAAGCGGACUAUGAGCCAGCACCGGCCACGGUCAGUGGCCUGGCCAGUGAUUCACAUCGGAGGGAACCUACACUAGCAUCUCCUCGCCAGACGGGAGAAGCGGACUAUGAGCCAGCACUGGACACGACGGGAGAGGCGGAAUAUGAGAUACCACCGGCCAUGGUCAGUGGCCUGUCCAGUGAUUCACAUCAGAGGGAGCCUACACUAGCAUCUCCUCACCAGACGGAAGAAGCGGACAAUGAGCCAGCCCCGGACACGGUCAGUGGACUGGCCAGUGAUUCACAUCGGAGGGAGCCUACACUAGCAUCACCUCACCAGGCGGGAGAAGCGGACUAUGAGCCAGCACCGGCCACGGACAGUGGCCUGGCCAGUGAUUCACAUCGGAGGGAGCCUACACUAGCAUCUCCUCACCAAACGGGAGAAGCGGACUAUGAGCCAGCACCGGCCACGGACAGUGGCCUGGCCAGUGAUUCACAUCGGAGGGAGCCUACACUAGCAUCUCCUCACCAGAUGGGAGAAGCGGACUAUGAGCCAGCACCGGCCACGGUCAAUGGCCUGACGGGAGAAGCGGACUAUGAGCCAGCACAGACCACGGUCAGUGGCCUGGCCAAUGAUUCACAAUGGAGGGAGCCUACACUAGCAUCUCCUCACCAGACGGGAGAAGCGGACUAUGAGCCAGCACCUGCCACGGUCAGUAGACUGUCCAGUGAUUCACAUCGGAGGGAGCCUACACUAGCAUCUGCUCACCAGACGGGAGAAGCGGGCUAUGAGCCUGCACCGGCCACGGACAGUGGCCUGGCCAGUGAUUCACAUCGGAGGGAGCCUACACUAGCAUCUCCUCACCAAACGGGAGAAGCGGACUAUGAGCCAGCACCGGCCACGGACAGUGGCCUGGCCAGUGAUUCACAUCGGAGGGAGCCUACACUAGCAUCUCCUCACCAGAUGGGAGAAGCGGACUAUGAGCCAGCACCGGCCACGGUCAAUGGCCUGACGGGAGAAGCGGACUAUGAGCCAGCACAGACCACGGUCAGUGGCCUGGCCAAUGAUUCACAAUGGAGGGAGCCUACACUAGCAUCUCCUCACCAGACGGGAGAAGCGGACUAUGAGCCAGCACCUGCCACGGUCAGUAGACUGUCCAGUGAUUCACAUCGGAGGGAGCCUACACUAGCAUCUGCUCACCAGACGGGAGAAGCGGGCUAUGAGCCUGCACCGGCCACGGUCAAUGGCCUGGCCAGUAAUUCACAUCGAAGGGAGCCUACACUAGCAUCUACUCACCAGAUGGAAGAAGCGGACUAUAAGCCAGCACCGGCCACAACAGGAGAAGCGAACUAUGAGCCAGCAGCGACCACGGUCAGUGGCCUGGCCUGUGAUUCACAUCCAAGGGAGCCUCCACUAGCAUCUCCUCACCAGACGGGAGAAACGGACUAUGAGCCAGCAACGGCCACGGUCAGUAGCCUGUCCAGUGAUUCACAUCGGAGGGAGCCUACACUAGCAUCUCGUCACCAGACAGGAGAAGCGAACUAUGAGCCAGCACCAGCCACGGUCAGUGGCAUGGCCUGUGAUUCACAUCCAAGGGAGCCUCCACUAGCAUCUCCUCACCAGACGGGAGAAGCGGACUAUGAGCCAGCACCAGCCACGCUCAGUGGCAUGGGCUGUGAUUCACAUCAAAGUGAUUCACAUCGGAGGGAGCCAACACUAGCAUCUCCUCGCCGGACGGGAGAAGCAGACUAUGAGCCAGCACCGGCCACGGUCAGUGGCCUGGCCUGUGGUUCACAUCGAAGGGAGCCUACACUAGCAUCUCCUCGCCAGACCGGAGAAGCGGACUAUGAGCUAGCACCGGCCACGGUCAGUGGCCUGGCCAGUGAUUCACAUCGGAAGGAGCCUACACUAGAAUCUCCUCGCCAGAUGGGAGAAGCGGACUAUGAUCCAGCACCAGCCACGGUCAGUGGAAUGGCCUGUGAUUCACAUCGGUGGGAGCCUACACUAGCAUCUCCUCACCAGAUGGGAGAAGCGGACUAUAAUCGAGCACCAGCCAUGGUCAAUGGCCUGGCUAGUGAUUCACAUCAGAGGAAGCAUACACUAGCAUCUCCUCGCCAGACGGGAGAAGCGGACUAUGAGCCAGCACAGGCCACGGUCAGUGGCCUGGCCAGUGAUUCACAUUGGAGGGAGCCUACACUAGCAUCACCUCGCCAGACGGGAGAACCGGACUAUGAGCCAGCAGAGACCACGACGGAAGAAGCGGACAAUGAGCCAGCCCCGGACACGGUCAGUGGACUGGCCAGUGAUUCACAUCGUAGGGAGCCUACACUAGCAUCACCUCACCAGGCGGGAGAGGCGGACUAUGAGCCAGCACCGGCCACGGACAGUGGCCUGGCCAGUGAUUCACAUCGGAGGGAGCCUACACUAGCAUCUCCUCACCAGACGGGAGAAGCGGACUAUGAGCCAGCACCGGCCACGGACAGUGGCCUGGCUAGUGAUUCACAUCGGAGGGAGCCUACACUAGCAUCUCCUCACCAGAUGGGAGAAGCGGACUAUGAGCCAGCACCGGCCACGGUCAAUGGCCUGACGGGAGAAGCGGACUAUGAGCCAGCACAGACCACGGUCAGUGGCCUGGCCAAUGAUUCACAAUGGAGGGAGCCUACACUAGCAUCUCCUCACCAGACGGGAGAAGCGGACUAUGAGCCAGCACCUGCCACGGUCAGUAGACUGUCCAGUGAUUCACAUUGGAGGGAGCCUACACUAGCAUCUGCUCACCAGAAGGGAGAAGCGGGCUAUGAGCCAGCACCGGCCACGGUCAAUGGCCUGGCCAGUAAUUCACAUCGAAGGGAGCCUACACUAGCAUCUACUCACCAGAUGGAAGAAGCGGACUAUAAGCCAGCACCGGCCACAACAGGAGAAGCGAACUAUGAGCCAGCAGCGACCACGGUCAGUGGCCUGGCCUGUGAUUCACAUCCAAGGGAGCCUCCACUAGCAUCUCCUCACCAGACGGGAGAAACGGACUAUGAGCCAGCAACGGCCACGGUCAGUAGCCUGUCCAGUGAUUCACAUCGGAGGGAGCCUACACUAGCAUCUCCUCACCAGACAGGAGAAGCGAACUAUGAGCCAGCACCAGCCACGGUCAGUGGCAUGGCCUGUGAUUCACAUCCAAGGGAGCCUCCACUAGCAUCUCCUCACCAGACGGGAGAAGCGGACUAUGAGCCAGCACCAGCCACGACAGGAGAAGCGGACUAUGAGCCAGCACAGGCCACGGUGAAUGGCCAGGCCAGUGAUUCAUAUCGGAGGUAUCCUACACUAGCAUUUCCUCGCCAGACGGGAGAAGUGGACUAUGAGCCAGCACAGACCACGGUCAGUGGCCUGGCCAAUGAUUCACAUUGGAGGGAGCCUACACUAGCAUCUCUUCACCAGACGGCACAAGCGGACUACGAGCCAGCACCGGCAACGGUCAGUGGCCUGGCCAGUGAUUCACAUUGGAGGGAGCCUACACUAGCAUUUCCUCGCCAGACGGGAGAAGCGGACUAUGAGCCAGCACACACCACGGUCAUUGGCCUGGCCAAUGAUUCACAUCGGAGGGAGCCUACACUUGCAUCUCCUCACCAGACGGGAGAAGUGGACUAUGAGCCAGCACCGGCCAUGGUCAGUGGCCUGGCCAGUGCUUCACAUCGGAGGGAGUCUACACUACCAUCUCCUCACCAGACGGGAGAAGCGGACUAUGAGCCAGCACCAACCACGGUCAGUGGCCUGUCUAGUGAUUCACAUCAGAGGGAGCCUACACUAGCAUCUCCUCACCAGACUGGAGAAGUGGACUAUGAGCCAGCACCGGCCACGGUCAGUGGCUUGGCCAGUGAUUCACAUUGGAGAGAGCCUACACUAGCAUCUCCUCACCAUACAGGAGAAGCGGACUAUGAGCCACCACCGGCCACGUUCAAUAUCCAGGCCAGUGAAUCACAUCGGAGGGAGCCUACACUAGCAUCUCCUCACCAGACGGGAGGAGCGGACUAUGAGCCUGACCGGCCACGUGGACUGGACUGUGAUUCACUUCGAAGUAACCCUACACUAGCAUCUCCUCGCCAGACGGGAGAAGCGUACUAUGAGCCAGCACCGGCCCUGGUCAGUGGACUGGCCUGUGAAUCACAUCGAAGGGACCGUACACUAGCAUCUCCUCGCCAGACUGGGGAAGCAGACUAUGAGCCAGCACCGGCCUCGGUCAGUGGACUGGCCUGUGGUUCACAUCGAAGAGAGCCUACACUAGCAUCUUCUCGCCAGACAGGAGAAGCGGACUAUAAGUCAACACCGGCCUCGGUCAGUGGACUGGCCUGUGAUUCACAUCGAAGGGACGCUACACUAGCAUAUCCUCGCCAGACGGGAGAAGCGGACUAUGAGCCAGCACCGGCCACGGUCAGUGGCCUGUCCAGUAAUUCACAUCGGAGGGAGCCUACACUAGCAUCUCCUCAACAGACGGGAGAAGCUGACUAUGGGCCAGUACCGGCCACGGUCAGUGGCCUGGCCUGUGAUUCACAUCGAAGGGAGCCUAUACUAGCAUCUCCUCGCCAGAUGGGAGAAGCUGACUAUGAGCCAGCACCGGCCUCGGUCAUGAGACUGGCCUGUGUUUCACAUCGAUGGCCCCCUACACUAGCAUCUCCUCGCCAGAUGGGAGAAGCGGUCUAUGUGCCUGCACUGGCCUCGGUCAGUGGACUGGCCUGUGAUUCACAUCGAAGGGACCCUACACUAGCAUCUCCUCGCCAGACGGGAGAAGCGUACUAUGACCCGCCACCGGCCUCGGACAGUGGACUGGCCUGUGAUUCACAUCAAAGGAUCCCUACACUAGCAUCUCCUCACCAGACGGGAGAAGCGGACUAUGAGCCAGCACCGGCCAUGACGGUAGAAGCAGACUAUGAGAACGCACCGUCCACGGUCAGUGGACUGGCCUGUGAUUCACAUCAAAGCGACCCUACACUAAUAUCUCCUCGCCAGACGGGAGAAGCGGAAAAUGAGCCAGCACUGGCCUCGGUCAGUGGACUGGCCUGUGAAUCACAUCGAAGGGACUGUACACUAGCAUCUCCUCACCAGACUGGAGAUGCGGACUAUGAGCCAGCACCGGCCACGGUCAGUGGACUGGCCUGUGAUUCACAUCGAGGGGACCCUACACUAGCAUCUCCUUGCCAGACAGGAGAUGCGGACUCUGACCCAGCACCGGCCUCGACGGGAGAAGCGGACUAUGAGAAAGCACUGUCCACGGUCAGUGGACUGGCCUGUGAUUCACAUCGAAGCGACCCUACACUAACAUCUCCUCGCCAGACGGGAGAUGCGGACUAUGAGUCAAAACCGGCUGCGGUAAGUGGACUGGCCUGUGAUUCACAUCGAAGGGAGCCUACACUAGCAUCUCCUCGCCAGCCGGGAAAAGCGAACUAUGAGCCAGCACCGGCCUCGAUCAGUGUACUAGCCUGUAAUUCACAUCGAAGUGACCCUACACUAGCAUCUCCUUGCCAGACGGGAGAAGCGGACUAUGAGGCAGCACCGGCCACGGUCAUUGGCCUGGCCAAUUAUUCACAUCGGAGGGAGCCUGCACUAGUAUCUCCUCACCAGACGGGAGAAGUGGACUAUGAGACAGCACCGGCCACGGUCAGUGGCUUGGCCAGUGAUUCACAUCGGAGGGAGCCUGCACUACCAUCUCCUCACCAGACGGGAGAAGCGGACUAUGAGCCAGCACCGGCCACGGUCAGUGGUCUGUCCAGUGAUUCACAUCAGAGGGAGCCUACACUAGCAUCUCCUCACCAGACGGGAGAAACGGACUAUGAGCCAGCACUGGCCAUGGGCCCCUACGCUAGCAUCUCCUCGCCAGACGGGAGAAAGGACUAUGAGCCUGCAUCGGCCUCGGUCAGUGGACUGGCCUGUGAUUCACUUCGAAGUAUCCCUACACUAGCAUCUCCGCGCCAGACGGGAGAAGCAUACUAUGAGCCAGCACCGGCCUCGUUCAGUGGACUGGCCUGUGAUUCACAUCGAAGGGAGCCUAAACUAGCAUCUCCACGCCAGACGGAGGAAGCGGACUAUGAGCCAGCACCGGCCACGGUCAGUGGCCUGGCCUGUGAUUCACAUCGGAGGGAGCCUAUACUAGCAUCUCCACGCCAGACGGGAGAAGCAUACUAUGAGCCAGCACCGGCCUCGUUCAGUGUACUAGCCUGUAAUUCACAUCGAAGUGACCCUACACUAGCAUCUCCUUGCCAGACGGAAGAAGCGGACUAUGAGGCAGCACCGGCCACGGUCAUUGGCCUGGCCAAUUAUUCACAUCGGAGGGAGCCUGCACUAGUAUCUCCUCACCAGACGGGAGAAGUAGACUAUGAGCCAGCACCGGCCACGGUCAGUGCCUUGGCCAGUGAUUCACAUCGGAGGGAGCCUGCACUACCAUCUCCUCACCAGACGGGAGAAGCGGACUAUGAGCCAGCACCGGCCACGGUCAGUGGUCUGUCCAGUGAUUCACAUCAGAGGGAGCCUACACUAGCAUCUCCUCACCAGACGGGAGAAACGGACUAUGAGCCAGCACUGGCCAUGGUCAGUGGCCUCUCCAGUGAUUCACAUUGGAGGGAGCCUACACUAGCAUCACCUCACCAUACCAUCUCCUCGCCAGACGGGAGAAAGGACUAUGAGCCUGCAUCGGCCUCGGUCAGUGGACUGGCCUGUGAUUCACUUCGAAGUAUCCCUACACUAGCAUCUCCGCGCCAGACGGGAGAAGCAUACUAUGAGCCAGCACCGGCCUCGUUCAGUGCACUGGCCUGUGAUUCACAUCGAAGGGAGCCUAAACUAGCAUCUCCUCGCCAGACGGAGGAAGCGGACUAUGAGCCAGCACCGGCCACGACGGGAGAAGCAGACUAUGAGGCAGCACCGGCCACAGUCAUUGGCCUGGCCUGUGAUUCAUAUCGAAGGGAGCCUACACUAGCAUCUCCUCGCCAGACAGGAGAAGCGGACUAUGAGUCAACACCGGCCUCGGUCAGUGGACUGGCCUGUGAUUCACAUCCAAGGGACCCUACACUAGCAUCUCCUCGCCAGACGGGAGAAGCGGACUAUGAGCCAACACAGACCACGGUCAUUGGCCUGGCCAAUGAUUCACAUCGUAGGGAGCCUACACUAUCAUCUCCUCACCAGACGGGAGAUGUGGACUAUGAGCCAGCACUGGCCAUGGUCAGUGGCUUGGCCAGUGAUUCACAUCGGAGGGAGCCUACACUACCAUCUCCUCACCAGACGGGAGAAGCGGACUAUGAGCCAGCACCGGCCAUGGUCAGUGGCCUGUCCAGUGAUUCACAUCGGAGGGAGCCUACAGUAACAUCUCCUCACCAGACGGGAGAAACAGACUAUGAGCCAGCACUUGCCACUGUCAGUGGCCUGUCCAGUGAUUCACAUUGGAGGGAGCCUACACUAGCAUCUCCUCACCAUACGGGAGAAGCGGACUAUGAGCCACCAUUGGCCACGGUCAAUAUCCUGGCCAGUGAAUCACAUCGGAGGGAUCCUACACUAGCUUCUCCUCACCAGACGGGAGAAGCGGACUAUGAGCCAGCACCGGCCACGGUCAGUGGACUGGCCUGUGAUUCACAUCAGAGGGAGCCUACCCUAGCAUCUCCUCGCCAGACGGGAGAAGCGGACUAUGAGGCAGCACCGGCCACGGUCAUGGGCCUGGCCUGUGACUCACAUCGAAGGGAGCCUACACUAGCAUCUCCACGCUAG